AUGCAAGGCAGAAUUCAAAUGAAAGCAAAACACGAAGCAAAGUCCGACCGAUUCUUCCUGAAGAAAGUACGAUGGCAGAUUUCAAUCCUAGCCCAUAUUGGAUUCGCGAUCGCAUUUGGAAUUCGAGCGAACUUUGGUGUGGCUAAGAAUAGAAUGAUGAAUAACUUCACCGACGCUUAUGGCGAUACACACUUGAGCGAGGAGAGGAACAUGUCGUCGACGUGGAACGAGAAAAACCGUAAAAGUCAUCAACCAAAGACAUUUCUCACAAAGGCGAAUGCAACUCCCCUCCCAAACACGGACCCCUUCGCUUAG